AUGGAUGGUUGGGGAGGUCUGCGAAGAACCAGGAGUGCCCAGUCCUCGCAGGAUCCCGGUGAAAAGGGUGGUGAUAGAUGGUUCGGUCCACCAUUUGGUACCUUCCCAUCCUGGAGCUGCUCUCCAACAUACGCUCCCACACCCACACCCGCCCCGAGAAGGGCCGAGCCCCUUCUCUACUACCAGGAAGGACCCCGGGGGGAAACGGCGUGCGGGACAGAUCCAGGGGGCAACCUGAAGCCGGAGGUUUGGGAGCGGAACCGCCAGCCCUCACCUGGGAUCCAGCCGCUCACCACGCGUCCAGACGCGGUUCAACCCCCGAGGCCGCGAGGCCACCCCCGCCCGGGACCCACAAGGCUCUGCCGCCACCGCCCCAUGGUCGGACCUCCCGAGGUGUCCCCUCCUCGGCCCCCCAGUUGUAACACCCCGGCUCUCACCCCGCCCGGCUGUCCCCUUCCCUCCCGCUCGUCCCCCCCGCCCCCCGCUGUCCCUCCCUCGUCCCCCCAGCUCUGUCCUCCCCAUCCGCUCCCCCCAAGCUGUACCUCGCCCCGCUCCCCCGCCCCCCGGCCGCCGCUAGCUCACCGCCCGGCUGUUUCCCCCUCUGCUAGGCCCCCCAGCUGUCCCCCACUCCGCUCGCCCUCAGCUGUCCCCCGCCCCGAACCCCGCCCCCCCACCCCAACCCCCUCCCCCCGCCCCAAGCGCUGCCUCGGCCUCCGCGGGGACGUCCAGGAGACACCGGGAAACCACGCUCCCCCUGCACUUGGCCGCCCUGUCGGGGCUUCCAGCUUGGCCUGGGCGCCUCCCUCCCUCUUCCAGCGUCCGGUCUCCCUCCACCCGCCUCCUCUGGGGGGUCCUGUAAUGGGGGCUGCGCCUUGUCCUGGGAGGCUACCCGGAGCCCUGCCCUGUUGUCCACGUGGCCAGGUCCACUGUAGCCAUCCAUUUACGCCCCAACGGCGCCGGCUGCAGUCCCACCGACCGCCGCCAGGGCGGCCUCCCCGCCCGCCUCCUACGUGGAACCUCCGGACCCGCACAGCCUGUGACGCGCGCCCGGGACGUAGGUGUAGACGGCGAACAAAAGCCGAGCCCCGCGGCCCAGGUGGCUCCUCGGUAGGAGCUUGCCCGGCCCCGCCCGGCUGGCCUCGCACCUGCGCACCCUCCUGCCCCGCGGCCUUCUUCGCCGCGAGGCCGACGAGCGCGGAGGCCGGGGCCCAGCGGGCCCGACCCAGCCCUUCCGACAGGCGGGCGCCGGGAUCGGGGACCCGCAGUCGCCUCCAUCUUGACCGGCGGAGGCGGGAGCGGCGUCCGGGCCGGACCCCGUCGUGUCGGCCGGGCCCAGGUUCGCAGCCGGCAGCAGGCGCCGUCCCCGCCGUGGGGCCCAGCCCCGGCUUCCUGGGAACAGUCGGAGUUGCCCCCAGUUCCCCCCGCGGCCCCUACAAGAUGGAGGACGUCGUCUCCUCCCUCAGCCAUGACGGGAACGGGGGACGCCUCCCCACGGGGCUGAGGAGAGGGGAAGCGCCUCCAGCCCUAGGAGCGCGCAGGGCCCCGCCGCCGGCCUUCCAGACCCCGGCUCCCGCCCCCUUCGCCGAAGCCCCUGCCCUCCCAGCCCUCACGGGGCUCCUAGACACUGGACAGGGAGGGCUUGGGGGACAUCGAGGCCGCGGCGUUCCCGAGGCGGCGGCGCUCGCAGCCGUUGCGAGGGCAGGUGGCCCAGCUGUGGUCUUCGGGCCGCCGGAGCCCGACAGCGCCCAGCCCCAGGGGCCGAGCCGCGGCCGGUGCUGCGGGAACUGGAGUCGGCGGCCCGACCCUGACGGGCCGGGCCACGGUGGGGGCGGGGAAGGUGGGGGUGGAAUGGAGGCGCGGGGGUGUGGCCUGCGGCUGACGGACAGGGCAUCGGACCACCCCCUCAAGGGGGGGUCCUGA